UUACAACACAAGUAAAGACGAUUCUUCUUGGCACCCACAGUAGAAGAUAAUCAUUUACACUUGAUGAAAGGUGUUUAAUGUGUUGAACUGCAGGUGAAAAGUCACGGAAGCGGCAAGAACCAAAGAAAGUACUUCUACAAGGGGAGUGCCAGCCAAUCGCUAAAGAAGAAGAAAGGGCGUAUUUACGUAGAGUUAACUGUGUCGUCAGCUGACAGUUGCUAAAGUCCACCUUUAUCCUGAAGCUCUAAAAUACUGCUGAGCUUAUCUUACUCCCGAAAAAGUAUUUCAUUGAAUCUAAGUGGAUUUGAGGUUUCAACAAUGGAGAAUGAGGGAGAAGUGAAAGUUGAUGAGGAAAAAGCUGAGUCAUUUCCACAAACACAGCAGCUGUGCCGCUACUUCUCCCAAGGACGACACUGCCAUUUUGGCAAGAGGUGUAGAUUUCUGCAUGUAAGAGAAGAUGGAAAAGAUCAUGAGUCACCCAGCCAGCUUGAUUUUAAUCCCUCAAACUCUCAGGGCUGUGGUCAACUUAAGGGAGACAGUUCGCCACUUACCCACAACCCAAAGUUUGCCCCAGGUUCUGCCCGCCGCCCUUGUCGCUACUUUCUCUCUGGACAUUGCACCAUGGAGGACAGAUGUCGCUUCUGGCACCCGCCACAGUUACCUCCAUUGGACGAUCCGUCUGCUGCUGCUAUUCAGAGUGAAUCCACACCCGGCCAUCCUCCGGUGCCCCAUCCCGGUGGCCUGCAGGAGGUGAAGCUGUGCGAAAUGACUGAGGACAUGGCCAAGCAGCUGCGAGACACAGAGAUCAAGCAGCUGAAGAAGCGUUUCCCCAAAGAUCAACUGAUUAUUCAGGAGAGAAGUGACGGCAAACUGACAUACUACAGGGCGUCUGUAGAGGCCACUGAUCCAGACUGGCCUUUUGAUCUCAAAGAAGUUGACAUCAUGGUUAGCUUCCCAGACAACUACCCCCUUGAGAUUUUUACAUUAGAGAUCCCAUUGGACCAGAACUUACCUUCAGUCAUGGCAAAGCAUGUGCAGCAAGUGUCUUUGGAGUGGCUUCAGGCUAAGCAUGCUACCAAUCAGCUACUGGGAAAGGUGGAGCUGCUGUUUCGUCCGUUUCUUCGCUGGCUGGAUCGGAGCUUGGAGAGACUGUUCACCGAAGGAGCCAGACAGCUUAAGAAAGACGUUGAUUUAGAAAAAGCCGGCCUGCAGUUUAUAACAUACCAGGAACUCCAGAUUUCUGUGACUGAAACCUCUGACCCUGCUUCUGGUGUCGCCGCUGAUGAGGGCGUCCGUACCUCGACUGAAAAGACAGAAGAUGUGGAAUCCGAGGAAGAAGAGCACCAGAAUCCUAUACAGAGUGAUGAAGGUCAGCUGCAGGAGGAAGAUGCGAGCCAUCUGGUGGAGAACAUCAAAAUCAGCGAUCCCCGCAGGGGCACCGAAGUCAAGCUGCAGGGCCUCAGUCUGGGGGAAAACACUGCCACCAUUAUUGCCCAACAGAUUACUGUUUGUCUGCAGUGUAAUAGGUGUAAGGUGACUGCAGAUCUGACUCUUACUGGAAGGACAGCCUGCUCAGCUCAGUGUGAAAAGUGUAAUGCGGAUAUAAAUGCCGCAUUCAGGCCCUGCAUGAUCCACCAUUACAGUGACGUCCUGGGAUACCUGGACCUUCAAAACGCCACCGCCUCUGACCUUGUACUUCAGGACUGCGACCUAACUGUAGGAUGCCUCAGCUGCUCUCAGGAGAUCCCGGUGGAGAAUGUUUUCUAUGGACAAACAAAGGAGUUCAACUGUGAGAACUGCCACAGCAAACUCAGCAUCCUGGCUGAGAGCACAAGGUUCCAGUACAUUCAGCCUCGUUCCUCCAGCAAAACAGGUCCGAGUGCUGACGGCUACAAAUCAAUAAGAGAUCCGGCAGUCCAGAAGGGGAAGCCGCUGCCGGAUAAAGGAACGUGUAAACAUUUCAAGCAGAGCCAUCGCUGGCUCAGGUUUCCCUGCUGUGGUCGGGCUUAUGCCUGUAAUGUGUGUCAUGACGAGAAUCAGGACCAUCCCAUGGAACUCGCCACCAGGAUGAUCUGUGGAUUUUGUGCCAAAGAGCAGCCAUACGGUAACGGUAAGCCUUGCAUCAGCUGUGGGAGCAUGAUGACAAGAGGCACGCACACCAGCCACUGGGAGGGAGGGCUGGGAUGUAGAAAUAAAGUCAAAAUGAGCAGAAAUGAUCGACAAAAAUACACCAGCACCAACAAAACGGUUUCAAAGAAGGCGGCCAGCGAGAAGAAGUAAAGAAGAGCUUUUUGCUAUUGUUAUGAAUGAAUGGCAUAAUUCAUAAACCAUAACAAUUUUAACUAUUUUGAUCUCUUCUCAAAAUAAAUCACGUUCUAUUGAUUA